AUGCAAUACAAUGGAGAAACCUUGCAUAAGUAUUGGGAGAGGUUUAAGAAAUUGUGUGCUAGUUGCCCCUAUCAUCAAAUUAGUGAUCAAUUACUCUUCCAGUACUUCUAUGAAGGACUUCUCCCAACUGAUAGAAGCAUGAUUGAUGCUGCAAGUGGUGGUGCCUUUAUUGAUAAGACACCUGAAGCUGCUAGGAACUUGAUUGCAAAUAUGGCCACUAAUUCUUUACAAUUUAGCACUAGAUGUGAAGCACCACAAAAGAGAGUUAGUGAGGCAAGUCAUUCUUCUUUAGAAAAUCAAAUAGCCAAUCUUACCUCUCUUGUAAGCCAAUUGGUUGUAGAUAAUGUGCAACAAGUCAAAAAGUAUGAAAUUUGCUCACUACAAGGGCAUGCAAUUGACAUGUGCCUAACAUUGCAAGAUGAGCCAAGUGAGCAAGUUUGUGCCAUGGGUGGAUUUCUUAGACAGCCACAAAGGAGAUAUGAUUCUUACUCUAACACAUAUAAUCGAGGAUGGAGAGAUCACCCUAAUUUGAGCUAUGGUGGUCAAGCACCAAAAAAUAACUUUCCUAAUGGUCCUCUAACUUUCCAGCAAGCACAACCAACUGCUACAGCUGCUUCAGCACAAGUAGACAGGCCUACCUCUGCACCUCAAAGGGGUAGAAGGCCCGAAAAUGCUAGUGCAAUUGUGUUGAGGAGUGGUAAAGAGUUGGAAGAAUCACCAAAAAGGACAAUAGAAAAAGAGAAAGCAAAGGAAGUUGAAAAGGAGCUCGAACCAUCAAAAGAGGCGAGUGCAUCAUCUACAUCAUCUAAGAAAAAAGGGGAGGAGAAGGAGAUUCUUGAUAUGUUUAAAAAGGUGGAAGUAAACAUUCCUCUCUUGGAUGCUAUUAAACAAGUGCCUAGGUCAAAUGGAUAUCCUGAUGGUGUGAAUGAGGAUGUUUUAGUGCAAGUGAAUGAAUUGGUCUUUCCUACUAAUUUUUAUGUUUUUAACAUGGAUGAUAAUCAUUCUUCUAGUUCAUGUCCAAUUUUGUUAGGUAGACCUUUUCUGAAGACAUCUAGGGCAAAAAUAGAUGUGCAUAAUGGUUCAUUCAAUAUGGAAUUUGAUGGUGAUGAGGAUAUAUUGAAGGUAGCAUUUUACUAUGAUAUGAAGAAAGAAGACAUCACUAACUCAAAGGUAGAGUCUGCCAUGAGCAAGGACAUGGAAGAGACUUUUAUGGAGUUGCACCAUUUGCCUCCAUUAAGAGUUCAAAAGGGAUGGAGAGUGUGCAUUGACUAUCGCAAGCUUAAUGUUGCUACUAAGAAGGAUCACUUUCCAUUGCCAUUCAUGGACCAAAUGCUUGAAAGGUUAGUUAGUCAUGCUUUUUAUUGUUUUCUUGAUGGUUAUUCUGAUUAUAAUCAAAUUUUCAUAGCACCUGAAGACCAAGAGAAAAUGACUUUUACGUGUCCUUUUGGUACUUUUGCUUAUUAUCUAUUUAUGGAUGAUUUUACUGUUUCUGGUGACUUAUUUGAUGCAUGCUUGCACAACCUUACAUUGGUGCUUAAGAGAAGUGUUGAUGCUAACCUUGUCUUGAACUUUGAAAAGUAUCAUUUUAUGGUAGAUCAAGGUAUUGUAGGAAAUGUUGUUUCAUCUAGAGGUUUUUGUCAAAGAUAUAUUAAGGACUUCUCCAAGAUUGCUUUGCCCUUAUGCAACUUGCUCAAAAAAGAUGUGAAAUUUAGCUUUGAUGAGGCGUGCAAGGUUGUAUUCAACAAAUUGAAAGAGCUCUUAACUUCGGCUCUUGUGAUCCAACCACUAAAUUGGGACUUGCACUUUGACAUUAUGUAUGAUGCUAGCAAUCAUGUUGUGGGGGCUGUUUUGGGACAAAGAAUGGGCAAUGCACCUCAUGUGAUAUACUAUGCUUCGAGGACCUUAGAUGAUGCCCAAUGCAACUACUCCACAAUGAAAAAAGAACUCUUUGUUAUUGUCUUUGCUUUAGAAAAUUUUUUUUUCUUACUUGCUUGGUACUAA